AUGAUACCAAAAUUGAUAUUGGCAAAACGGAUAGAUAUAACAAUAAAUGUUAUGAAAAUCUCGCAACAACUUUUAGAGCUCGAAAAGCAGUUCAAACAGAACAAAUAUUUGUCACGUCCAAAGCGCUACGAGGUUGCCAGCAAUUUGCUGCUUACUGAAACUCAGGUCAAAAUUUGGUUUCAAAAUCGUCGAAUGAAGUGGAAGAGAUCAAGAAAAGCUCAACAAGAAUCGAAAAAUAAAGAAAGCCAUAGUAAUAAUGAUGAUAAGCAGCCACGUGAAAGAACAUCAUCAAUUGCUUCAAACCAUCCUCCCGGAUUCAAAACUACCAUUAAUGAAAAAGUCAUCACAAAUCUUACGAAUAGUAAUUUCCACUUCUCGAAAACUGCUGAUGUACAUUCUCAUCUCAAUGCACAUGCUGCUGUUCCACUUCAUCGUCACAUGAACAACUUACCAGGAUCUUCAAAGGAUAAUAUUGAAGACAGUUAUGGAGGGAAUGUUAUAAGUAGACCAAGCGUCUUUAGUGAUAGCGAUGAUAUGAUCUGGAGGGUUGUUUAA